GGAUAUAUGAAAGGUAGUAAAUAGCCUAGCCGCAAUGAAUGACGAAAAAGCUCCAAUCUCAACCUCAAAGUCCAGAUUCCAGGGCUUCCGCUCGCGAAGAUACAUUCUGAUCUCGUCACUCUACUAAGCGUCCUCUAUUACCAUGGGCUCCACUACACAGCUCUUCAAGUCCUACAUCCAUUGCCUCAACGAAGGGCGAUGGUACGAUCUGCCCAACUUCGUCUCCUUCCCAUACAAGAUAAACGAUGCAACCAUAGACUCCCCGGAGAUCUUCGCAGAAUACGCCAUUCUGGGACGUGUCCAGCUCGACGUUGAUGCCAUCACAGCGGACGAGCAGACACAGCGCUUAGGCGCCUCACUAAUCUCCAAUCUGUACCCCCACGACAAAACAAAGUCGAAGCCGACUGAGUUCAAACAGACUUUCAUCUGGGCUGCUGACGGGAAGAUAUACCAAGUCGCGACCUUGAAAGACAAGGAGGACCUACGAAGGCAGCGUGACGAGCCAGGUUACGUCCGCACGCCGGACCUCAUAGCUACUUACACGCCUCAGACAAGUGGGGGUAGAAAGCUCUUGAGGACAGAGCUGGAGGAUACGUACCGCGCGUAUAUCGGGUGCAUCAACGCGCAGACGAUGGCGACGGAGCUCCCGCGCUUCUGCCACGCGCAUGUCGUGCACAACGCGCGACGGCUGUCGCUCGAGGAGUACAGAGGGCUCAUGGAGGAGGCGUUCACGGCGGUCCCGGAUAUCAUAUUCGGAAUCGAUACCGUGGUGCCUGAUGAGAGUGCCCAGCGCGUCGCUGUGCGGCUUGAGUUUACCGGGACGCCGACUGGGGCGAUGAAGGGUGCGGAGCCUACAGGGAAGAGCGUGCGUUUCUAUGAAUAUGUGACGUAUGCCUUCCAGGACGGCAAGAUUGAUCGAGUAUGGAGUAUCGUGGACUGGGAGUCGUAUCGCCAGCAAUUAAGACAGGAGUGAGAGACACGGGAACGUCAAGGUCUCGGGGAAUUUCUCAUUGCACCAAUAGGAUGCGAGGACGCCGUAGCAGAAAGUCUGAAAGAAUGUAUUGCUGUUGAGUAAAUCUCAAGGCUGGCAUAGGUAGUCCAAAGCGUAGGGUUUUACAUAGGUUUCCUUUCUCGUCCUGUGUGCCCAGUCUUAUAUAUCAGCCUAUAUGUGACAUGUCCCCUCCUUCUUGCCUGAAUAUCUAUAUCUUGGGGAUCGACGUUACAGUGCUAAAUAGGUAUGUAUGCAGUCUCCACGCGGGUAAUUCCACCCAUUGAACACACAUGGCGUCCCACCAGACGCUGAGCAAGGGAUUGCCUGAUGGAAGUUUCUCGCAGAUCAUCGCGAAUGCUAUCCACUACGCAUAGUAGGGGAGGUAAUUAUAGAGUAUUACGUAGAACCGAACGUCGGUUUCUCUCGUACGAUGUAAUUCGCACCAAUAUGGG